CCAGCGUCCCGUGUUCUCCGCCUCAUCAUGACUUCCUACAACUUUCGCCAGUCCUCAGCCUCCUCUUCCUUCGGGGGCCUGGGCGGUGGCUCAGUGCGCUUUGGGGCGGGCGGUGCCUUCCGUGCGCCCAGCAUCCACGGGGGCUCCGGCGGCCGUGGUGUGUCGGUGUCGUCCGCUCGCUUUGUGUCCUCGUCCUCCUCCGGGGGUUACGGCGGCGGCUAUGGAGGCGUACUGGCCGUGUCUGAUGGGCUGCUGGCGGGCAACGAGAAGAUCACCAUGCAGAACCUCAACGACCGCCUGGCCUCCUACCUGGACAAGGUGAGCGCCCUGGAGAAGGCCAACGGCGAACUGGAAGUGAAGAUCCGCGACUGGUACCAGAAGCAAGGCCCCGGUCCCUCCCGUGACUACAAUCACUACUUCAAGACCAUCGAGGAUCUGCGGGACAAGAUUCUUGGUGCCACGAUUGAGAACUCCAAGAUUGUCCUGCAGAUUGAUAAUGCCCGUCUGGCUGCAGAUGACUUCCGGACCAAGUUCGAGACGGAGCAGGCACUGCGCAUGAAUGUGGAGGCCGACAUCAAUGGUCUGCGCAGGGUGCUGGAUGAACUGACUCUUGCCAGAGAAAUCAGUGUCCUGAGGGGCCAAGUGGGUGGCCAGGUCAGCGUGGAGGUGGAUUCUGCACCAGGCAUCGACCUUGCCAAGAUCCUGAGUGAUAUGAGAAGCCAAUAUGAGGUCAUGGCAGAGAAGAACCGGAAGGAUGCUGAAACCUGGUUCAUCACCCAGACUGAGGAUCUGAACCGGGAGGUCGCUGUCCACACGGAGCAGCUCCAGGUCAGCAAAACGGAGGUGACCGACCUACGUCGUACCAUCCAGAGUCUGGAGAUUGAGUUGCAGUCACAGCUGAGCAUGAAAGCUGCCCUGGAAAGUACACUGGCAGAAACGGAGGCCCGCUUUGGGGCACAGCUGGCACAGAUCCAGGCAAUGAUCAGCAGUAUUGAGGUCCAGCUGAGUGAUGUGCGUGCUGACACAGAGCGGCAGAAUCAGGAGUAUCAGCAGCUCAUGGGCAUCAAGACUCGCCUGGAGCAGGAGAUAGCCACCUACCGCAGCCUGCUCGAGGGCCAGGACGCCCACUACAACGACCUGCUCACCACUACCAAGCCCAUCUGA